AUGGCAACACCUGACAUGAAUGUUAUCAAAGAGGUGCCGGGCUAUCGCGUUAUACUGAAGGCUGUCCUGAAGUCUCAGAUUCAACAACUGAUUGAACAACUUGCAAGUGCCACCAACGAGGAGUCGAUCAUCCUUACAGCCAGCGUGGCUGAUGGAACCCUGAGUCAUCUUUGCUCAGACUCAGCCAAAGGCUUCCUGGAAGAUCAUGAAGACGUAAAGUCCCAGUUCCUCGGCUACUGCUUAAAAAGCCACCACAAGAGGAAGCAAGAGCAGGAACAAAGGGAUACGGAGGAGGAAAUGAGGAAGGCACAAGAGGCUGCAGACGCUUCCUUAGCAUUGCAGCAACAGCAAGCCAUGGGACCAAUGCCUCGUUUCCAGGCCACAACCCGGUCACCGCGGCAGCAGUUUCGGCCUCCAGGGGAAGGGUUGCAACAUCAGCCAUAUCCAGUGAUCCGCCCCAUCCGAGCAGCAGCCUCCCCAGUCAGAUCUCCAAUGAAGUCACCAGCCAAGCUUGAUGGCCAAACAAUCAAGCUAGAGCCGGACGACGAAACCUCAAACCAAAGUGCAACUAGUCAGCCAUCUUCACCAUCAUCUCUUCAGAACAUGAAAUCUGAACCGGGAUCGGACGACGCAAACUCAGAAUCAUCCUCAUCAAACAACGAGCAGAAUCAAGAAGGACUUAACUUAGGAGCAGACUUGUCUAGUUUAGUGUCAGGUGAUAACAGUGAACAUGAUUUGGACGUCAGUGUUAAACUCGAAGCAAUAUCUGAUGCAGAAAUGGACUUAGAAAUCACUGGUGUAGAGCCUGGGAGACCUAUGCAACCCCAGGAUUGGGGCGCUUAUGCAAUGGGAAUAAACUUUGACCCAACUGGUGCUACUGGUUCCAAGGCAGACAUGACGGUGCAGCAGGGAUACAGAAAUCUUCCACGACCGACAACACCGGAGGAGGUUGGUGCUCGAAUCCUGGCACAAGCGAGGCACGGGAAACGCAAGGGAGAUGAUGAGAUGGAGGUGGAAUCCGGAGAGUCCGAGAUUGAGGAUGAAUCUGAUGAAGAGGAGGAGGCCCUUAGAUUUGCGUCCGACUUAGGAAUUGAGACGUUCAAGGCUUCCACUGGCUUGCUUGGUCCGCAGUGGAUCGAGGAGCGUAACCGGCAGAUCCAGGAGCGCGCAGAGCAGGAGGAGGUGUAUGCUGCUGGCUCUUUCAUCGAGAGCAGUCUGAAGCACCUUUCCGAGCGUCGUACCGACAUCUUCGGAGCCGGCACAGAGGAGGCGGGCAUUGGUAAAAAGAUUGGAGAGGAGGAAGACGAUGGAAAGAAGGACAAGAAGGUGGUGUGGGACAGACACUCUGCCUCCAUGGAGAAGGUGGCUCAGAAGGCCAGAGAGAACUUCUCUAUCGAUGAGCAGAUAGCCAAGAUUCACAAGGUUAAGGGUGUUGUUCCUGAUGCUGACAAGAAGAAGUUUGGCCCAUCAAUCACGCCACAUACCCCCAUGGCUGCAGCACCUUCCCCUCCCCCGAUGAUGAACAAGGCGGCCAAUUCCAAACAACCCCCAUCCCUCGCGGGCGCCCCACCCCCUGUGCCUACCAUGCCCCAGGCCCUCAAGCGACCUGUGGUUGCCAUGAGCAACCCAGCACCACCACCGCCCAUGCCCCAGCAAGUAAUGAUGAUGCAUCUCAGGCCACCGCCCAUGCAGGUGCUUGAUAGGCCUGUCUGCCAUAAUAUCCAGAAGACAUUCAACGCGAAUUCUGAUCUGGAUCGCCAUAUUUUAACACACACAGGGGAAAGGCCGUUCGAAUGCAGUUUUUGUCAAAAACAAUUUAAUCGGAAAGGUGCUGUUAAUGUUCACAUGUAGGUUCACAGGGGGGAAAAGCCUUUUGAAUGCAGUGUUUGUCAUAAAAGAUUCAAUCAGAAAAGUACUCUUAUGCGUCACAUGUUGGUCCACACAGCGGGAAGUCUAUUUGAAUGCAAUAUUUGUCACAAACGAUUUACUCGUAAAAGUAUUCUUAAGGACCAUAUGUUGGUCCACACAGGGCAAAUGCCGUUUGAAUGCAGUGUUUGUGAUAAACGAUUUAAUCUGAAAAGUCAUCUUAAGGAUCACAUGUUGGUCCACACAGGGGAAAUGCCGUUUGAGUGCAGUGUUUGUGAUAAACGAUUUACUCGAAAAGGUCAUCUUAAGGAUCACAUGUUGGUUCACACAGGGGAUAAGCCGUUUGAAUGCAGUGUUUGUCAUAAACGAUUUACUCGUAAAGGUACUCUUAAGCAUCACACAGAGUUGGUCCACAAAAAAGGCAAAGUUGAUCAUCAAUGAAGAGCAUCCUUAAGGCUCAAAGCUUAGUCCACUGGAGUGUCUAUUGUUUGUGGAACACGUGUGGGGACAGAUACACAAUAUGACACCUGUAGUUAUGUAUUCAAUUAAUCUUUUCAUUGUUUUACCAAUGUUUUGGUAUAAGGCCACCGAAGUUUCGCAAACUUAAGAACCUUUUUCCUUUAACAUUUACGAAUUCUAGAUUAAACUGCUUGUGAUCAUUUAAUGACUGUUUCUAUUCAAUAAUUCAUUUUCUUUUAUUAAACAUUAUCUGUUCAAAAUAACCUUUCCU